AUGAAUGAUGAUGAAGAAAUGUUUGAUUUUGCAGAUGAAGCUAUCAUGUCCGGAAAGCAGUAUAAAAUUUUGAACUACAAUAUGAACAUGAUCUUGUUGUUUCUUAUUGAUUCUUUAGCCAAUAUUUCUUCCACUGUUAACAAAGAAGAAAUGGCUUCUAUUAGGUUCUCAAGAGUCAAAGAUCAAGGGAAUGUCCAAAAUAUGGCAAGGGAGGGGUAUGAAUUGAUAAAGAAGAGAUUAUCGACAUUCAAGGAGUCCAUUGAACUAAAAGUUCAACAAGUUCAUGAUCUUAUUACGUCAAAAGUGAAAAAUAUUGAUGGAUUAUUUAUGGUUGCACAAAAGAAUGUCGAUUUCCUGCUUUUAGCUACCAGAACGUUAGUCGAAGAUAUUCAAGAUUUUAAUGUCGAUUAUAAAGUUGAACUAGAAGAGAAGAAUGGAAAAGUUGAAGAAGUGUAA